GCUGGGUCAUGGAACCUGGAAUUCGAGUUGAACCAGCAUGCAGCAAAUGGGACAUACGUCAAAAGGUGUGGGAUCAUAUUGAGAAUAAUAAUUUGGCUGACUUCCCAAGGCCAGUUCAUCACAGGAUACCAAAUUUCAAGGUAUCUCGCCAGGCUUGCCAAAAAAUAACAGAUCUAGAGAUUUUCAGAAGAACAAGGGAGGUUAAAGUAGAUCCUGACAAGCCCUUGGAAGGAGUUCGUCUGGCAGCCUUGCAGGCUCAUAAGACUCUGUUAGUUCCAACGCCACGGCUACGAACUGGUCUUUUCAACAAAAUAACCCCUCCUUCUGGGGCAAACAAAGAAGUGCUAAGAAUCUGUUCAACUUCUCAGGGAGUGAGAGAUUACAGCGUCCCAAUGGGUCUGGAUGCUAAAGUUCAGGUGGACUUAGUGGUUGUAGGUUCUGUUGCCGUGUCUGUGGAAGGUUGGAGGAUUGGAAAAGGAGAAGGUUUUGCUGAUAUGGAAUAUGCAAUGAUGGUGUCCAUGGGGGCAGUAACAGAACAUACGGUUGUUGUUACUGUUGUUCAUGACUGUCAAGUGGUAGAUAUUCCUGAGGAGCUUCUUGAAGAUCAUGAUCUUACAGUGGACUUUAUACUGACACCAACCAGAAUUAUUAAAACAGACUGCAAACGUGCAAAACCCCAAGGAAUCAUAUGGUCUAUGAUCACAAGAGAGAUGAUGGCCAAAAUCCCAAUCCUUAGAAAUUUGCAGGACAGAGAGAGAAAAGCUGGAAGAGAUGUGUCCCUGAAGGAUGAAAAUGCAUCUGAAAAAGGCACUAGGCAGUCUCCUUUUGGUGUGACAGAGAAGGAAGUCAGGCCUUGUGGUUCUGUACUGAGUGAGCAUAAACAUCCAGCUGAUUUACAACUGCACACUAAACUGGAAACAUGUAACUUGUAUGAUGGGGUAACAGUAUAUAUAGGAAACAUACCUUCAUCUACAAGAGUUAGUGAGUUAAAGAGCAUGUUGAGGGAGAGAGGGGCAGCUCCUCUACGGCUAACAUGGCAAGGGGCUCAGCACAGAGCCUUCCUCGAUUACAAAGAUGUGGUACAGGCCAAGCAGGCUGUUUCCAGCUUAGAAGGAAUAAGUAUAAAUGGUAUUUCCCUACUGGUGGAAUUGGCAAGGACUCAGAGGCACAAAACCAACGGAAACCAAGGAUUUGGGAAAAAAAUUGUGAGAGAAACAAAAUCAAGCAAUGUUCUUCAACCGCAUAUACUCACUUAAUGUUUAAAAAAAAAAAAAAAUACACAAACAUAGAUCUUACAUCUGUAUUAAUAAACUGUAUACAGGUAAGGGAUCCAUUAUCCAGAAACCUGUUAUCUAAAAAGUUCCAAAUUACGAGAGAUGUUUAAGAAUGAUUUCUGUUUUCUCUGUAAUAAUAAAACUGUACCUUAUACUCCA